AUGGUAUUAUUCUCUCUAUUAUUUUUAUUUUUACGGAAACAACAACAACCUUCUUUCAUUUUAUUUAAUUUAUUAAUUUUAUUACAAUUGUUAAUUAAUCCAAUAUUUGGUGCAAAUCCAUGCCAAGACUAUUCUUUGAAUGAUUGUGAUCCAGUAGCAGAAUGUGAUAGUGAUCAACCUGGUUAUUUUCAAUGUAGAUGUCCUUCUGGUUAUUUAGAUGUUAGUCCAGAUAAAAUUAAAAUGCCUGGGAGAAUAUGUAAAAAAGUUGAAAAUGACUGCACAACAGGUAAACAUAAAUGUGAUACAAAUGCUGAAUGUGUUGUUACUUCAAAUGGGUAUACCUGUCGUUGUAAGCAAGGAUGGUUAGAUACAAGUAAUGAUAAGGAGCAUUCUCCAGGGAGGAGUUGCAAACAAAGUAGCCAAUGCCGUAAUAUUGAUUGUGCUCCAGAAGCUGAAUGUGUUGAAAAUGUAUUAGCAGGACAACCACCUAUUUGUAAAUGUCAACGUGGCUAUGUUGAUGUUUCUUCUAAACAAGGAAAGUUGCCUGGAAGAGUUUGUUUGUUGGUGCGAAAUGAGUGUCUUCAACAUGGGGAAAAUGAUUGUUCUCGUGAUGCAAAUUGUAUUGAUACAGAUGAAUCCUUUACUUGCCAAUGUAAAGAUGGUUACAACGAUGAAAGUCCACAAAAGAAUAAAAAACCUGGUCGAAUUUGUUCAAGGAAAAAUUUACCUUCAACACCAGAAUGUGAUGUUAAUGAUCCGAUGAGUUGUGAUUCAACAAGACAUGAAGCUUGUCAAUUUAUGAGUGGGACAUAUAGAUGUGCUUGUGCAAAUGGUUAUAGUCGAUUGCCUGAUGGACGUUGUUUGGCUAUUAAUGAAUGUUUAGAUUCUAGACUUAAUGAUUGUUCUCCAGAUGCUGAUUGUAUUGAUGAGACGAUUGGCUUCAGUUGUAAAUGUAAAAGCGAUUUUGUUGAUGUUUCUCCACCAGGGUCUCGUUUUGGCAUUUUAUGUCGCCGAAGAGUUAAUGAAUGUUCUGCCCCUAAACAAUAUGCCGUUGAUUGUGAUUCUAAUGCUAAUUGUAUCGACACAGAUGACAGCUUUAUUUGUCGAUGCAGACCAGGAUUUGUGGAUAUUUCCGAACAAUUCAAUAGAUUACCGGGACGAAGAUGUAUAGAAGCGGUGAAUGAAUGUUUAGAUUCUAAACUGAAUGAUUGUUCUGAGCAUGCAAUUUGUGAAGAUUCAAAGGAAAGUUAUACAUGUAAAUGUAAAACUGGAUUUCUGGAUACAUCUCCAGAUGCUCGUAAAUAUCCUGGACGUUUAUGUAUUAAACCUAUACAAGAAAAAGAAUCAAAUUUAACUUCAAAUCCAUUUCAACUUUCUUUGGAUACUUGUGAUCAAACUAAAGGAAUUUAUGCUUGUAGAAAAGGGUUGGAAUGUAUUGAGGAUACCGAUGGAAAUUUUAUUUGUGCAUGUCCAGAAGGAUCGUUUUUAUAUUCUGAUGGAACUUGUCGGUUAACUAGUGCUUGUAAACAUUCUAUGGAGUGUGACAAAAAUGCUAUUUGCGUCAAUCUUUUUGACUCGUUUCAAUGCCAAUGCAGGCCAGGAUUUUUUGAUAAAUCGCCUGAUCCUGAAACUAAACCUGGAAGAAUAUGUAAAGAAUUAAUAAAUGAAUGUGCAAAUCAAGCUCAUGAUUGUUCACCCUUUGCUGAAUGUGUAGACGCAACUGACGGUUUUGCUUGUAUUUGUAAGGAAGGUUUUGUUGAUAUAUCUUCACAACAUGAAUUGCUACCUGGAAGACGAUGCUCUAAUGCAAGUAAUGAAUGUGCCGAUCGUUCUUUAAAUACGUGUGAUGAAAGUGCUGAUUGUAUAGACACACAACAAGGAUAUAGUUGUCGUUGUAUUCCUGGAUAUGUAGAUGUUUCUACUAGUGCAAAUUUACCUCCUGGACGUGUUUGUACAGUUCAAACAAGUUGCCCAAAGCAAAAAACAGAUUUGAUGUUUUUGGUGGAUGGUUCUGGAAGUAUUGGUUCUGCUGUUUUUAGAAAUGAGGUUCUUCGUUUUAUAAGCGAUUUUGUUGAACUUUUUGAUAUUGGACAAGAAAAUACACGAGUUGGAUUAAUUCAAUAUAGUGAUCAAAUAAGACAUGAAUUUGACUUAAAUCAAUAUUCUGACAAACAUUCUUUACUACAAGCAAUAGCUCAAACUCAAUAUUUGACUGGUUUAACAAGAACUGGGGCAGCAAUACAACAUAUGGUUCAAGAAGGUUUUGCCCAACGUCGAGGAGCACGUCCUCCUUCCUCUCCUCUUCCGUCAUCGUCAUCAAGUAGUAGUACUGAUGUAAGCCGUGUUGCUAUAGUUAUAACAGAUGGAAGAAGUCAGGAUAAUGUAACAGAACCAGCACAAAAGGCUAGAGAACAACAUAUAAAUACUUUUGCUAUUGGAGUUACUGAUCAUGUACUUGCUUCAGAAUUGGAAUCGAUAGCUGGUUCUCAACAACGCUGGUUUUAUGUUGAUCGCUUUAAGGAUUUGGAUAUGCGACUUCGAUCAAUUGUUCAAAAACUAGCAUGCCCCUCUCCAUCACGUCCCACUCAAUUAUCAACUGGUUGCAGUGUUGACGCGCAAACAGGAUGUGAUAGAACACGGAAUGAAAUUUGUACUUUGAUAAAUAAGAAACCAACAUGCCACUGCCCUAAUGGUGGAUUUGAUAGACAUCCAUUAACCCAUGUUUGUGGUGGAGAUUUAUGCAAUCCUGAAUUACCAACUUCUUGUCCACAUCCUGAAUUGUGUCAACGAACACCUUUUGGAAAUCAUCGCUGCGCUUGUCCUGCCUCAUAUGCACGAGAAAUGCAUUCAGGAAUAUGUAUAUCUUCUUCACUUUCUCAUAUACCUUCAAAUAAACAACAUUUGCCUUCAAACUUUACUUCUUCAACAACCUUUUCUCCAUCACUUAAUGUCAAAACUUGCCCUCCAGGAAUGGCAUUAAAUCCUCGAUCAGGAAAUUGUGGACCUCCUGGAUCUUGUGAUCCACUUAGAAAAAGUGAAGAUGAAUGUGAUAUACGUAAACGUGAACAUUGCCUUUUACAUACUUCUGGACAAUUUCAUACUUGUCAGUGUUUACCAGGAGAGAAACGACAUCCAGCGACUGAAAUUUGCUUGAGAAAUGAAUGUUUAAACAAAAGAGAUAAUGAUUGCGAUCCUGCUGCAAAAUGUAUUGAUACUGAUGAAAGUUAUUUGUGUGUUUGCCCUCUUGGAUAUUUAGGUGAAAGGCGAAACUGGCACACUCCAUUUACUUUUGUUAUGUUAUACCAAUAUAUUUUUCUAGACCAAUCUCCAGAUCCUGUAAACAAACCGGGUCGUCUAUGUGUUGGAGAAGUUAAUGAAUGUGCUCUAGGUCAAACACACACUCGUUGUUCACCUGAUGCUUUGUGUGUAGACACCGCUGAAGGAUACAUUUGUCGUUGUAAACCUGGUUUUGUUGAUUUAUCUCCAAAUGCGCGGCAUGAAUCUGGAAUUGUUUGUCGUAAAUUAGUUGAUGAAUGUUCUCGUGAAGAAUUGAAUACUUGCCACCCAGAUGCAUUUUGUGUGGAUACUCAUGACUCAUACAAAUGUAUUUGUAAAGCCGGAUUUAGUGAUCUAGAUGAAUUCCGAAAUCCAGGUCGACAAUGUGUAAAGGUGCAAGAAAGUAAUAGUAAAUGCCAGGAGGGAAGAAAUGAUUGCGAUAAGAAUGCCAGAUGUAUCUAUGACGCAUCAACAGACAAAUAUGAAUGUGUUUGCCCUCCCAACUUUCGUGAUAAAAGUGUCGACCUUGUCAAUGCCCCAGGCCGUGUCUGUAUUCCAUUCAUACCUGAGUGUGACAACCCAGCUUUGAAUGAUUGCGAUCUGCCGGUUUGCUUAUUAUUCAAAGGAAAUUUUUAUCUGCUGAUUUUUCCACAGGAUCAUGCCAUUUGCACAGAUACAGAUGAGGGAUAUACUUGUCGUUGCCGUCAAGGCUUUCUUGAUAUUUCUCCAAAUGUUACACAUAAACCAGGCCGUCUUUGCAAACAACUUGAAAAUGAAUGUGCUAAAGGCACUCAUGAUUGUGCUAAAGAAGGUGGAAUAUGUCAAGAUACUCCUGAUUCUUAUACUUGUCAAUGUUCUCCAAAUUAUUUGGAUGUUUCUUUGGAUCGAAAAACUAGGCCUGGUCGUAAUUGUAAACGUUUGGUUAAUGAAUGUGCUGCUGGUCAACAUGAUUGUUUUCCAACAGCAAUAUGUACAGAUACUGAAGACAGUUAUCAAUGUCAAUGUCCUAAAAAUUAUUUGGAUAUUGAUGAAUGUACACAAGGAUUACAUGAUUGCUCUCCAAAUGCAAUUUGCAAUGAUACAGAUUCUGGUUAUACAUGUAAAUGUACUCAAAAUUUUGUUGAUGAAAGCCCUGAACCUGCUCAAAGGCCAGGACGUAUCUGCAGACCUGCAUUAGUUAAUGAAUGUGUUUUAAAGAAAGAUGACUGUCAUAGUGAUGCCGAUUGUUUGGAUUUAGCACAGGGGUAA